UCUGGUAGGAUGGUCAGAAAGGCUGCAAAGGAUGAUGGUGAAGAUGGUGAGGAUAAGCCAACUGACGAGGCGCGGAAGGACAAGGAUUCAACGUUCCAGGAUAAGGCGGAUAUAGCGUACGGUCUUAUGUUUCCUCCUGCGGCAAUUGUGUUUCUUUGGUCUAGACUCUAGGCUCUGGGAUGGAAGGGAUUGUGCAUGAUAUGCUGUACUUGAGCAACCUAUCGCUACUGCAUCAGCAACAAGAAGCCAUUCUCUUUUUAUGCAACUUGUACGCUCAAUUUUACACUUCGUUUCCUUAUUUGUAUCGUUUCUUGGUACUUCUUUUCUCUUUUCUACAACUUUCCAUUAUAUUUUUCACGUCCCUUUUUCUCGCGGCAGAGGUGUAUAUAUGGCUAGGUCAGAUUCAUGGACGACUCGUCUUGCCGAGAAUAGUGGCUACCGAGAGACAUACCGAAAGUUUAUGGAUACCACUAAUAUAUACAGACUUCUCGUUAGCUCGAGAGACUUUGAAGAAUCAUAGCUGAGCGUGCCACAACGACUACAUAUAGUCCAGUUCCUGAAGCGAUAAACAAGGCAGGAAAGGAAAGGCCUCAGAUCACGAUAAAG